AUGUUCCUGAAUCUUUUGGGUUCGCGCUUGCAGAUGGUUAUUUGCUCUGAUUACACCAAUGCUGGCAAAACUUUAGACUUCAAACUGCAUACAUCCGACGACGUCACGCUUGGGGCGUGGUUCAUCCUCUCCGAACCCUACUACCAGUCGCUGCGAACGUCUGCGCCCGCGCCCCUCUCUACACCUUCCAUGGAUACCAUACAGAGUGCCAUGCGCGCUCAUCCCACCGUCCUGUACCUGCACGGAGCUGCCGGUACCCGCGCUACCGCCUGGCGCGUGCAACACUUCACCUCGUUCACCUCGCGCCUUCAGGUCAAUCUACUCACCAUAGACUACCGCGGGUUCGCCGACAGCGAAGGCUCCCCGUCCGAGGAUGGCCUCGCGCUCGACGCAUACACGGCAUGGACAUGGCUACUGGACCACGGCGCAAAGGCGGAGGACAUCCUCGUCGUCGGGCACAGCCUCGGGACAGGUGUGGCAGGGAAGCUCGGGUCGCAGUUAGCAAAAGAGGGCGUGAGGCCGCGCGGAAUCGUACUCCUUGCGCCGUUCUCCAGUGUCACAUCGCUAGCGGAGACGUACAACCCAAUGGGAUAUCCUAUCCUGCAACCCUUGCAGAGGUUCGCGUGGGGCCGAAAGCUCGUGAGGAGAUUGAUCAUUGACGCGUUCGAUACGCUUUCUGUAAUCGAAGAAUUUAACGUGCCGACUCUCAUCGCGCACUCCGUCGACGACUUCGAAGUCCCGCAUUCCCACUCACACACACUCCUCGAGCGGCUGUUGGACACCAUCCUUCCGCCGCCUGGUGUGCUCCCGUCUACUCCCGGGAUCGUCGUGAAUGGUCCCGAGUUCGCGGCCUUCACCGACGCGCAGUCAAAGAGAAGAGAUGCGCGGACCGCGCUCGUUAGGAAGGUCGAGGUGCCGAACUUCGGGACAGUGGAGGAGUUCGAUGGUAAGUAUGGCAGAGUGGUCUACGUGGAAUCGCUAUGGGGUUCGCAUAGCAAGGUAGGGUUGCAGGAGGGUGUCCAGGACGUCAUCGCGACAACAUUCGGGUUGACUGGCGCAGCAGUCAACUCUAGCUAG